CUCCACCGUCCGAUCCCGAGCCGAUGGCGGCGGAGCCCCCGGCGGACGGCCGCGAUCCCCCGGCGGACGAUGGCGCCGCCGGCGACGGCGCGGUGGAGUCCGCGGCGGCGGAGGCGCUCCUGAGCGCGGCGUCGGAGCAGCUGACGCUCGUGUACCAGGGGGAGGUCUACGUCUUCGACCCCGUCCCGCCCCAAAAGCUUUUCCUGUCCCAUGAAUCAAUUGUGAUGCAACCAUAGUAAAGUUUCAAGGGUGAUCAUGUGCUUAUGUUACUAGUGAUGAGCUGCUGUUUAUUGCUUUGGCUAUUAUAUUGCUCAUGGCCAUUUGUAGUUGAUAUACAUGACUGACUGUUAUGUUAGUGUUAUACAGGUUCAGGCUGUUCUAUUGGUACUUGGAGGGUCUGACAUGCCUCCUGGUUUAGUAAGCAUGGCUGUACCUACCACAUUCGAUGAAAAGAGUACAACUGUGGCUGCCAGAAGAGUUGCUUCCUUAAUGAGGUUUCGUGAGAAGAGGAAGGAAAGAUGUUUUGAUAAGAAAAUAAGAUACAGUGUUCGUAAGGAGGUUGCUCAAAAGAUGAAACGACGUAAAGGCCAGUUUGCUGGAAGGGCAGACUUUGGUGAUGGUUCAUGUUCUUCUGCACCAUGCGGCUCCACAGCCAAUGGCGAGGAUGAUCAUAUCCGAGAAACGCAUUGCCAAAAUUGUGGCAUCAGCUCAAGGCUUACUCCAGCAAUGCGUCGUGGGCCAGCUGGUCCAAGGUCCCUCUGUAAUGCCUGUGGCCUAAUGUGGGCAAACAAGGGCACCCUAAGAAGUCCUUUGAAUGCCCCCAAAAUGACUGUGCAGCAUCCUGCUGAUCUGAGUAAAACGGGUGAUACAGAUGACAGCAAAGCAAAUCUGUGUGCUGAGCAUAAUCAAACCACUAUGAAAACUGACACUGAGAUGGUGCCAGAGCAGGAGCAGAAGGCAGACGUGUUGCCACCAACCAAAGAAGAAGAUAGCAUGGCUACCUCGUGACAAAAUGUUCAGACGCUUGUGUAUAAUUGAUACGUAGGUUAUUUUUCAGGAACUCCUGACUUUAGGAUGGUACAUAAGGCAACAGAACUAACAAAGAUCAGCUCCGUUGCGAACGAUGCAGACGCAUCGGCGCGCCAUAUUUAUCAAAUCCAUGUGUUGUUGUACACCCUACCCACUCAUUCUGUACGAUUUGAACACAGAUCUGAGUAAUACAAUCCGUUUUGAUCGGUUGUCAACUA